AUGAUUUAUUAUAUAAUCCACCUCAUUCUAUGUUCAUCUUCCCCCAGAGUCUUUGAGACUUAAGUCUCUAUUGCUUGCCUAAGCAUCAUUGGACCCAGCUAUAGCUGUUGUGAAGUGAACUUCUAUCAUUUGAGAGAGAACAAGCUUGUUCUCAAGUGUUUCAAGUUUCAUGGCCUUGGUCGGUCAACCGAACUUGAGAGCCAAAAUUCGAACUUAAGAGCCAGGUCUGGCCUGACCCCAUGGGUCGACCACAACUUCAUAUCCUCUCACAUCCAGGACCUCUAGUGUUUUGAUUCACUCAUUCGAGCUCAUAAGCAAUCAAAUGGUAUGGGUGGACCUUCUUAUCUCUUUAGAUAUGUUGCAUAUGGUCUAUCUAGAUAUUCUGUAGAGUUUGACAUCAACGCCAUUGGUGGUUGUCGACAUAGUGGUCUUGGAGUACCCCUAGGAGGACCACCUUGGCUCUCAGGUUCGCCUCAAAGUCUCAGUUUUGGCUCUCAAGUUCGGGGGGGUCUAGACCCAAAGACUAACUUUGUCAUCUUUGAGAGCUACGAUCUCCUAUUACAUGCUAAUGGUGGUAGACCAUGGGACAGUAGAAAUGAUCAAUUACAGAUCUCAACUCUUAGACAUGGGGGAGGUAGGUGGACUGAAAGUCCAGAAAAUUUUGACAAAAUUUGA